AUGGAUUCUUCAUCGGAGUCAGACCUCCCUUGGUUCCUCAAGUCAUCAGCCCCCGUUCUCUUCCCCUUCGACGAUGCCCUGAGACUCCCACAGGCUGAGUUUGAAGAAUGUAUCCGUCAGAUGAUCGCUGGCCGUCACAAUGAAUCAUUCGCAAGAGAAGUCCGUGAGGAACAUUUCGCGGCCAUGGCUGAGGCUGAUGAGUCCGAGACCUUCACUCUCGUCUCCAACUCGACCUCUGCCGAAAUCCGUCAGGCCAUGAAGGCCGCCAAAUUUUCGAAUCAUACAUCCCAAGACACCGAAACUAUGGGAAGGUCUUCUCCUACCCAGGAGAUGGAGGUGGAAGAAGCCCAGCCUGUCCAGUCCAACGCUUUCAUGGAGGGUCUUAUCAACUACGACAACGAGAAGCCAGCUCGGGACCUGGACAACAUGAUGUACACGGAGAACGGCGAUCUCGCUUAUCGUUCUAGUCAGGACGCCCUUGUUGAUCUCUUCCAGGAACUCGAGGAAGUUGUCUCUGGUCCUCGCCUGAAGGAUCUCCUUACCCGUGCCUGGGAUGAGAACCCCCUUGCUACUCUCAGAAUCAUCUUCAACAGCCGCUCCAUCCAUCUUGGAAAGAGCUCUCGAAGUGUAUUCUACCGAUGCGCCGGUUGGUUGGCGCAGAAUCAUCCCUUGACCCUCGUCACCAACCUCCGCUGGCUGAGUCGCCCGAUCAUCAACAAGAAAGCCGAGAAGAAGGAAGACGAUGACCUUGUCCUCGUUGAAGAAGAGAACGAUGACGAUUCUACCAAGUUCAACGUGAAGAAUGGAGUGGCCCAUGGCUACUGGAAGGAUAUGCUCAAUAUCCUGGCCAUUGCGGCCAACGACAAGCUUACUGUGAUUGAUGACCCUAAGAAGGUCCUCAACACCGAGAACCCUGGAAUCCUCCGAGGCAAGAGCACCAAGAAGCCUCGCCAUCGCGACGGCCGCAGACUCCACGGACAUCAUCAUGGCGGCAUGAUAGGUGAAAGAGGGCGCGGUCGCGGUCGCGGUCGUGGCCAAGGAUCUCACUCAACUCGACAGGAGAUCAGUGAGCUGAACCACAAGGUCGACCCCAAGGAACUCAGACGAGAGACCAGAGAGAACCGUCAUGAGACUGCACGUGUUCUCUUUGAGACGGACCCGGUAUACCGCGCGCUACACAUGAACAUUGCUCGACUGUUCGCCGAACAACUCAAAAAGGACAUCCAAGCCCUCGCAGGAGACAACAAGGCCAAGCGCUCCAUCUCACUGUGCGGCAAGUGGGCUCCUUCUUCCGAUCACUUCCACGACAGACACACCUUUAUCGUCAGCACCAUCGCCGAGAUUCUGUACCCUCGAGAGUCCAUCUACCACCCGAUGCUUAGCCCAAGAGAUGACCACGAGAAGUAUCUACGAUUCGCCCGUGAGCAAUACCGCAAGGAUACAUCUGCCCUCCGAAAGCAGCUCGAGAUCGUCGAGCGAGAUAUUACUAUCAAGAAGUACGAAAACAUCAAGUACGACCGAGUGCCCUCCCUUGCGAUGAACCAGUACUCCAAGCUGUUUAUCGAAAACGAUGCGGAGCGUUUCAGCCAAUAUCUCGAUAAGGUUGCCGAAGGAAAGGCAAAUAUCUCUGGCGCUACGCUUCUCCCCUCUACAUUGAUCCAAAAGGUUCGAACAGGCGGUUCGGCUGCUCGAUCGGGGCCCAAGUCACUUCUUGACCAGAAGGUCGCUGAGAUCGAGUCCAAGGUCCUCGACGGGCAGUGGAACGCUCUCUUCAAGAGAAUCAAGGACUCGGGUACAAUGGACUCGUGCAUCGCGGUCUGCGAUGUAUCUGGCAGCAUGAACGGUCCUGUCUUCAGAGAUCAGACCGCGCCGAUCGAUUCCGCCAUCGGUCUGUCUCUCCUCCUCGCAGAGGUCGCCAAGCCCCCUUUCGCCGGCACCUUCAUCACCUUCAGCGAGCACCCCAGAGUCGAGGAAGUCGACCUGACCAAGACUCUGCGGGAGAAGUACUGGGCCAUGCACCGAUCUGAAUGGGGCAUGAGCACCAACUUCGUCUCUGUCUUCGAGGACCUGAUCCUCCCCAUGGCUCUUGAGAACAAGCUCAAACAGGAGGACAUGAUCAAGCGAGUCUUUGUCUUCAGCGACAUGCAGUUCAACCAAGCCAGCUCCUCCAACUCCCACUACAACCGACCCUGGGAUAACAAAGGGCGGUCAAGCUCAAGCUGGUCUACUUCCUUCGAACGCAUCAAGACCAAGUUCGAAAAGGCGGGUUACGAACUCCCCGAGCUUGUCUUCUGGAACCUCGCAGGCGGCCGAGCAGGCUACACCGGAAACGGUGGUGACCCCACGGCUCCCAAGCCCGUCAAGGCUGACGAGGAUGGAACAUGCCUCGUCAGCGGGUACUCGCAGGGCCUGCUGAAGGUGUUCCUGGAGGGAGGAGGUUUUGAGGAGGACAACGAAGAGGAAGAGGUUGUCGUUGAGAAGGACGAGGAGGGUAACGUCACCCAGAAGACGAAGAAGGUGAAGAUGACGCCUCUCAAGAUCGUGCAGAAGGCGAUCAGCCACAAGGCGUACGAGAUGUUGAAGGUGGUUGACUAG